UCAGUAUUUUUAGUUCUAACCCCUCUCUCUCUCGAGCUGGCGUUGUAUUCCCCCCACCCUCUUCUGCUCUCUCUCUCUCUCGGCUCCUGUCUCUUACCUCGUUGCUCUCUUGGGUUCGCUUCUUCCCUGCUAGGAGGACCGGCGAUCGUGAAUUAAGGGCUCGGAUUUAUUGCAGUGCUUGAACACCCCUCAUGGACGGCCGUGCCAAAGGCAGCGAUCCCGAAGAUCCUGGCAUCGUCCCCAAAUCCGACGGUGUAAGCUUGCCCUCCACCACCCGCCUCUCCUCUCCUUCGUCGAAGAAACGAAGCCGGCGAUCAGUCCUGAAACGAGUGGUGUCCGUACCCAGCGGCGACGGAGCUGUUCCGCCGUCCGAUUCCUGGGCCUGGAGGAAGUACGGCCAGAAGCCGAUCAAGGGCUCGCCCUACCCCAGGGGCUACUACCGGUGUAGUAGCUGCAAGGGGUGUCCGGCGAGAAAGCAAGUGGAGAGGAGCCGCUUGAACCCCACCAUGCUGGUGAUAACGUACGCCGGGGAGCACAACCACCCCUGUCCUCUCCCAAGAAACCGCCACCACCAGUACCACCGAAGUUCCAAGCUUCGGUCGGCCGAGACCCCGACCUCGGACCUGGAACCGGCCCCGCCCGACUCCGGCCCGACUGGCCCCACCAAGCCGGACGCGAAGUUCGCCGAUUUGAUCGCUGACGACACGUCGUCCCUCAUAACGCUCGACAAACUCUACUUGCUCCCCGACGCCGCCUCUACCUCCUCCACCUCUCCGGCGGAGGCCGAUGACGCCCUCCUCUACGGGCCUGUAUGUAGCGCCGCUGGCGACGGCGCCGCUCUAGGUGUCUCGAUGAUGUUGACGGACGAGUGCGAGAGGUUGUCAGGCGACGACGGCGGCUGCGGAGGGGAGGAGGACUCGCUAUUCGCGGACCUGGGGGAGCUGCCGGAGUGCUCGGCGGUGUUGCGGCGAGGGGUCGUAGAGAGGCACAUGAGAGGGGAGGAGAGUCAGCGGUGCACGUUAACGACGGUAGCCUGCUGCAGGAGCAGCGGAUGACAUGAUGACAUCAUCGCUGCUUUGGCCGAGUGGACUUGCUAUCGAACAGAGAUAGUGUGCCUUCCGCCGUACGACUUCAGAAGUUUUCUUGAUAUUUCGCUCGUCGUAUCUGUAUCGUGGUUAACGAUCAUUUUUAAUUUUCUGUGAAAUUUCAAUUUGAUAAGGCCUUUUUUUUUUUUCUAAUUUUGCUUGGCAAAAUACGAGGAAGGGAGGUGUUGUGUUGUUUUGGGAGGUGUUUUAAGGAUUGUUGUAUCCGCUAAAAACCCUUGUUUUCUGAUGUAAAAUUUUUUUCUGUCUUUAAUAAUAUUAUAGGAUCCAAUUUGAAAGAUA